AUGGAUGUGUAUGUAUGUAUAAGGCGGUGGGCGGCGGCAUGGUUUCUCAUGAAAAAGAAAAGAAAUCCAAGGAUAACACAAAACCUCCUUCUGCUACCUCGUGCGCUCAAAGUGACGAGGGAGUACUGUGGGCAGAAGAGGAGAGAGGAUAAGAGGUCCCGAGGAGAGAAGGCGGGCAGGAAAGGCUUUCCUUUUUGGUUGGUGAGAAGGAGGAGGCAGGUAGAUCAGCAGCAGAAAUCAGAGGUCCUCCUCCGUGCAGUACCGUAA